AAACGUGUGUAAUAAAUGAAGAAACUUUUGAGGAACAUUUCUCUUUACAUUUUAACGAUGGUCAAGAUUUAUAUUCAGAACAAUCUGAUAAUAAAUCUGAUAUAACUUCAGAAUUUUUUGUUAAACUUCCUAAAUUACAAUUAUUUGAAUUUAGUGAAGAAAAUUAUAUUAAAGCACAAAUAGUACUUGAACGAGAAUUUGUGAACCAGUUAAGUGAUGAAAAUGAAAAAGACUUUGAUGCAGAUUCAAAAAACUAA